AUGGAGAUCUAUCUCCAGGCACAAGGUACCAGGGUUUAUCGUACUGUUCUCUCUGGAUGGAGCCAACCAACUAUUCAGAACCCUGAUGGAACCACUUCGGCAAAACCUAUUGAGACGUGGACGGAAAAUGAAAUGACGGCCUCUGACCUGAACAAUAAAGCACUGAACUCUAUUGUAGGAUCUUUGCAUGAAUCGGUGUUCACCUUAGUCACUGGGGUAAAGGAAGCAAAACGAGUAUGGGAAAUUCUUGAAACCAGGUAUGAGGGUAUAAGUGAUGUUAAGCAAUCAAAGCUUCAAAUGGUCCUGUCUGAGUUUGAAGCUCUUAGAAUGAGCGAAGAGGAAACAAUCUCAGUCUUUCACAGUCGUGUUCAGAAUCUGAUGAACAGAGCCUCAAUACUCAGCGAACCAUUCACUGAUGAAAUAGAACACACAGGCUGGGAAAAGAAGAGUCUGGGAGAGCUUAUGGGAAGCUUACACACAUAUGAACUUGAAUUGCUGGCUGAUGAUGACCUUGUUGUCAACAGGAAAGGCAAAAAAAAGGCCAUGUCUGUGGCUACACUAAGUGAUGAUGAGGAAGAAGCAUCUAAUGGUCAGUCAGAUGUCAACGUGGGAAACUUUGUGGCUUUCUUUUCAGCUAUAGAAAACCAGUCCGAAGGAAAUGAAUCUGAUGAAGAGUCUUAUAUUUCGACAGAUGACUUUGAAGGGAGGCAUACCCAACUUGAGAUGGAAUUUGCUAAACUUGUUGCAAGCUGGGAGCAACUGGUGAAAGCUAAUAAAAAUCUGAAUGAAGAUCUAAAACAACGAGAUGAUCUUCGGAAGAAACUGAACACAGAACUUGUCACAAAAGAAGAUCUUAUAACUCAGAUAAGAUCUCGAGAAGGAAAAAUGAUAAAAGAGUUGGAUGAUCUGAAGAAGAACAUAAAGAUGAUGGACACCACAUCAACUCUAGACAAAAUUCUGGAUUCUGGACGAAAUCCAAAUGACAAAAAGGAUCUUGGUUAUAAACGAGGAGAAUCUUCGAAAACUAUUCCUGUGUUUGUCAAAGAGGGUGUGUCAAUUGAUACAUCAGCUCGCAGGUAUGAAAUAGGACAGUCAUCCAGGUCAGUCCAGAUAAAGGAAAAAGGGAAGACACAUGCAGAAACUGAUUUUGGCAGAGUGGCGUCUCAAUCUCAGUACUGA